AUGUCAUUUCAAAUUUCAAAUGAUUCCAAGAAGGAUGAAGAGUCUGUCAAUGCAAGCGAAAAGACGAAAGAAGCAGCAGAGGCAGUGACUGAAGGAGCAAAAGAAGUGAGGAAGACCUGGGAAUUCGUGACGGACACGGCCCGCUCUACUGCCGAAAGCGUUACAAAAAUGACCCAAAAAGUAAGUGCAACAGCAGAAGACAUCUCAAAGAAAACAAAGGGCACAGUGGAGGGAGUUUGGGGAACAGCCAAGAAUGCCACCGAAAUUAUCAAGGACAGAGUUAUGGGUAAGUAA